AUGUUAGAUUUUUCAGAUGACUCCUACUCUUUUUAAAUUUAACCAGUUAAUUAAAGAAAAAAGAAUAUUAAACUAUUAGUAAAAUUGAUGAAACAUCACAAAAUUGCUAAAUUAAAUCAAUCUAUUACACUAGAUAGAAAUUUAGAUUAACUCUAUGAAAAUUAUAGGAAUGUUAAUGCAGAAGCUGAAGAAAUUAUAGAAGUAUAAUAAAUUUUAAGUGCUGUCUAUAAUAAAGGUCAUAUAAGCAGGUAAAUACCAAGAAUAAGGAAAUUUAAGUUUAUUCAAAAAGUGAAUCAUGAGAAAUAAAGAUUAGAAGAAAGUAUUGAAGAAAGUGAAGAUGAUGAAGUAGAAGUGGAUAAAAAAAUAAAAAAUGAAAUAAAAUAGAAAUUACUUUAUUUGAUAAUUAAUAAAGUACCAUUACCUUUUAUUUUAAAUUUUAUAGAAUUCUAAUAAAAAAGAGAAUAAUUAGUAAAAUUAAAAAUAAGAUGUGAAGAUUCAUUAUUAGAUUCUUUAAAUUUUACUUUAAUAAAAGAUCAUAGAAAUGAAGAAGAAUUAAAUUAAAAUCUUAAAUGCAUAGAAAUUAUUAAAAUGAAAGAACUUUUAUUAAUGAGUUUAGAAUAAUUAGAAAAAAGUAAAGAGAAUAUUCUAACUGAAUUAAAUGAAAUGUUUCUUGAUUUAAAAUCAUGUAAAACUUAAUUAAUGAAAAAACUAGAAUUUUUUUAACAAAAUGAUGAUAGUUUAGAUCCUUAAAUAAAUAAAUUAUUAGGAAUAAUUAAAAAUCUUAUAAAUUUCUGUAAAUCAAAAUCUUCUUUAAAUGGUUAAUUUGAUAAAUCAGUAUUAAUGCCUAGAAAAAAUGGAUUAAGAUGGUUAUAAAAGAUAAUUAUGUUAAAUUGUUGGGUUUCAUAAAUAUCUUUUCCAGAAAUAUUGAUAUAUAUAUAAAUGAAAGGAGAUUUAGAUAAGAAUAAAUCUAAUCCAAAAAGAUAAUGUGUAAUAUAACUAUCAAAAAAGCUUGAUUUUCUUAGAAAAAUAUAUAAUAUUCCAGAAGUUAGAAAGAAAUGUUGGGAUUAAAAGGUAGUUUUGAUGGAUUAAACUAAAAGAACUCCAAGUUAUAUACUUUAAGAAUAUAACCUACAUUUACAUCAAUUACAUAAAAGCUUAUUUUAUGAUAAAUUAUAUUUAGAUAAUAUGCAGGAUUAUGUUUUAGAAUCACAAUUACGAAUGUUAGUCUAAAGAUUUUAAUAAUAAAAAUACUAAAUUUUUGAAUCAUAUCAAGAUUUGAGAUGCCAAAUCAAUAUGAUCCCAAUUAAUAUACUUUAUAAAGAUUAUUUGGAAUGGUAUAAAUAUGACAUUGAAUAAUUAUCUAGAUUAGAUUAUAUAAAGCAUGCUAAAGAUGUGAUUGUAGUUUGUCUUAUUAAACAUUUGG